AUGCCCAAACCCGCAUCCGAGCCCCCCGGCCGUCUCAUCUCUCACUUCACCAACCGAUCCCGGGCUCAACAGAGCGAGGGAUGGGACUCGCUUUGGGAGUCUGAUGAAAACGAUCUCUGGGACCGAGCGAUGCCGUCUCCUGCCCUAAUCGACUUUAUCGAAUCCAAGCACGACCACCUGCAUGCCCCUCCAGGAAGACGGCUCUGCGCCCUUGUUCCUGGCUGUGGGAGAGGUUACGACGUGGCCAUGCUUGCCUUGCACGGCUUCGACGUAUACGGGCUUGAAGUCUCCGCAAAAGGAGCGGAGAUAGCCAGGGACUACGCGACCAGAGAACUGGUCGAGCCGCAUGAGUACAAUUUCGGUAGCAAGGACUGGCCAAAGGGUCAGCCCGGCCGGGUCAGGAUCAUCGCCGGAGACUUUUUCGUCCGCAAUUGGGAACAGACUCUGGCCCAGGACGACGUCAAAGGCUUUGACCUCAUUUACGACUAUACGUUUCUCUGUGCUCUGCUGCCAGAAAUGAGAAAAGACUGGGGUCGUCGUAUGAGAGAGCUCGUUGCCCCAACCGGUAUACUUGUGUGUCUUGAGUUUCCCAUGUAUAAAGACGUCAAAGCUGUCGGCCCCCCGUGGGGUCUUAAUGGGGUCUACUGGAAUAUUUUGGCAGUGGGAAAGGAUGGCCUUGUUGAAGAGACUGAGGAGGAUUCCGAGGCAGAAAAUGGCCCAUUUAAGCGGGUUGUGUAUUUCAAGCCGCCAAGGUCUUAUGAGGCCGGUAGGGGCACUGAUAUGCUCAGUGUUUGGAAGCCUCAAUGA